CAGCAACCAGCUGAUCAUUAUCAAUGAAUCUGUCACGUGACGACAGAUGAGCUUCAUUGAUCCUCAACAACCAAUCAGCAGCUGCUGGGUCACUUCCUGUCGAUCAGCUGAUUAUCAAUAUUUAUAAAUCUGAAGGAAUGACAUCACGGUGGUGUCACACAUCAUCAGGGCACGCGCCACAGUCCUGUCUACGUCACUGUGUUGUUGGCCCACGUGACUGGCUCGUGCCUUCGCUCUAAGGCCCGAGCACAGGAAGAAGGCGCAUGCGCGAGAGGCAGUGAUCCGUUUGGCCCGCGCCCGCGUGCCCUGCAGUGUCCGCGCGCCCCGUGCUCGUCCUCAGCAACAACAACAACAACCGGACCCGGUUACCGGCCCCGGUGCGCUGCCCCCCUCCCGGAACACCGUGAAGAUGGCGGAGACGGUGAAGUAUGUGGACGACGAACAUAAGAGCAUCUUCCUGAAGCUGCUGAACGAGCAGCGUCUGGAAGGAGAACACUGUGACAUCGCUGUGGUGGUCGAAGACGUCAAGUUCCGCGCUCACCGCUGUGUGCUGGCGGCCUGCUCCAACUACUUCAAGAAACUCUUCAAGAAGCACGAGGUGGAUAACUCUUCUGUGAUUGAGAUCGACUUCAUCCGUUCAGACAUCUUUGAGGAAGUGUUGAACUACAUGUACACCGCCAAGAUCUCCGUCAAGAAGAGAGACGUCAACCUGAUGAUGUCAUCAGGACAGAUCCUGGGGAUCCGCUUCCUGGACAAACUCUGCUCACAGAAACGAGACGUGUCAUCAGAGGACAAAGAGAAGUUCCCUUACGACAUCGUAAAGAUGGCGCUGCCGCCUGAAGCCCAGCUAGCUGCCGACGCCGAGGUGCUCGGUGAGCACGAUGACGCGCCCGCCACAGACGACCUCGUCGAGGCCUCGACCAAUCAGGAGUUAGAUAAGUCUCCCAGUGCGGCGCUGCGAGUCCAGGAAGCAAUCCUGAAAGAACUGACCAAUGAGGACAUCCAUAAGGUGACGUGCUACGACCAGGAUGUGGUGACAGAGAUGGAGGCGGAGCCUAAAGAGCUGGGGGCGGAGCACCACGGCACCCAGACGCUGACGUUUGCAGACAGUAUGGGAGAGGUGAAGGACGAGCAGCCGCCCACCUGGUCCACCGCAACCACAGACAUGAAGUUUGAGUAUCUGCUGUACGGACACCGAGAGCAGCUCGCCUGCCAGGUGUGUGGCAAGACCUUCCUGGACGAGACCAGACUCAGGAAACAUGAGAAGCUUCAUUCAGCAGAACGUCCGUUCGCCUGUGAGAUCUGCACCAAAGCUUUCACCACCCAUGCUCACCUGAAAGAACACCUGAAGAUUCACACGGGUUUCAAACCAUACAGGUGUGACGUUUGUGGGAAAUCGUUUAUUCGAGCUCCAGACCUGAAAAAACAUGAACGAGUUCACAGCAACGAGAGACCGUUCGCCUGCCAGAUGUGUGAAAAGGCAUUUAAACAUAAGUCUCACCUGAAGGAUCAUGAGAGGAGACACAGAGGAGAGAAACCGUUCGUCUGUCCGUCCUGCACCAAGGCCUUCGCCAAGGCGUCUGAUUUGAAGCGUCAUGAGAACAACAUGCACAGUGAGAGGAAGCAGCUGAACCCGUUACAGAGCGACACCGAGACCCUGCAGGCCGCUGCCAUGGCUGCUGAGGAGCAACAUCUGGACAACAUCAACUGUUCCUAACAUCUGGACUCAGCUGCUCCUUACAUCUGGAAUCAGCUGCUCCUAACAUCUGGACUCAGCUGUUCCUAACAUCUGGACUCAGCUGCUCCUAACAUCUGGACUCAGCUGUUCCUAACAUCUGGAAUCAGCUGCUCCUAACAUCUGGAAUCAGCUGCUCCUAACA